AUGCUUCCUCACGUCCCUGUUUUACGCCAAGCGGAUGUUCGGCCUCGCCCGCUUCGGGUGCUUCUUUGUGUUGGCCUACUCAUGGCUAGGUACUUACUAGAUUAUGGUCUUGGUAGGAUAGGAGGGGUCCGGUUGGUAGGAGGUAUGGUUCGGCCCGGUCCUACAUUUUUGCUCCCCAUUGGCUCUAUGCCAAGCCGGCGCUGCUUGCUCCCGCUAGCUCGUUAUUUCUCUUUCUUUUGUCAUGCGGUCUCAUCCCUUGUCCAGCUUCGUUGA